AUGUAUCGGUUAUUUGUAGCUAUAUCUUUAAUAUCUGUGGUGUUCGGUUCUUUUCUAGACGGGGACAUUCAAUUGACAGAAGGUGUGAAGUUAGUCGGUGUUCCAGUUCCAAAUAGUUUAGAUGAAGGACGAUCGUUGGGUGAUUCACCGUUUUACAGAAUGGCCAAGUUUCUACAAGGUCACGAACUAUAUGUCAAGCUGCCAAGUUUGAUCGAAAAAGAUAAAUUGACCAGAAUCAUGUCAGAAUCUUUGAAAGCUAUUGAUGAAUCAUCCAAGAACAGAGCUGUAACUGGUCGAGGCAAAGGUGAUGGAGGAGGUUCUUUGGCGCUACUUGGCAUGAUGUUCGCGAAGACCAUGGGAGCAGCUGGAAUAGGAGGUCUAGCGUUACUUACUAUGAAGGCGCUGGCUGCGUCCGCGCUCGCGCUUAUGCUAUCAGCAAUUGUAGGAGUUAAGAAGCUCACAUCACAUGAUGAUCACGACGAUCACCAAGUGAUAUACGCUGGUCAUCACGGGCAUCAUCGACGGAGACGGGAUCUCAUCACACCGCUGCCGUACCAAGGCUGGAGGGAUUACCGACAUUAG